AAGCAGUCAAGAUUAGAGACUAGAAGUAGAAGGACAUAGAAACACGCCGUUUCUAGUAAAACCAGAUUGCCCUCAAUCCCUCGCAUUCGUAUUUGUUUGUUGUUACUUCGCACUUCUCAGUUCUCUCACUUGUCCUCUACUCUUACACCUGCAAAACCCCUGGGGAAAGACUUUAACCAGCUCGAAUAUUUUCCUAUAAUAUUCCGGGCCACCGGCUUCAUCCCAGGUAAGUCUUCAUUCUUUCAUUCCCUAUGGGAUUCCAAUUUUUUCACAACGAAAGUGUAUCUAUUCGAUGAACAUCUCCUGUCCCAAUAAUCCGCUAUUAUGCAAUUGGGUAUUUCUCAGCUUAAUGGGAAUUUCUCAACUCGAUAGCACAAAGUUUUUCGAGCUCCCCGUGUUUAGAUAUUCCAAUCUGCUUGCGGGUUUCUUGGAUUUGUUUGGUAUUUCAAGGACUCAAAAAUAAUGGGGAUUCCCCGAUGCUUUAUAGGUAGUAAAAAUGAAUUCUAUAGCUCUAUUUGGUACGAGGAAUGUUUAUAAAUCUUGUUAUAUUAUCAUUGUAUCCAGAAAAUUAUGCGAUAGUGGUUUUGAUAGGGAUAAAAUCGAUAGUGAGUUUUAUUAUUCUGAGGAACUCUUGAAGAGAAUGUAUAAGGGUUCCAGUUUGGACUCUGUUUUUGAUGGAAAUCACGAUAAUUUUGGGGGGUAUGCAAGCGGCUCGGUGGGCCGUUUUUCAACCAGGCAUGGAUUUUUCAAGAGCGGGAGGGAUGAUGCUAGGAGAAUUCUUGAGGUUUUACAACAAGAUGGGCCGGGAUUUGAUGCAAAAGCAGCUCUUAGUGAAAUGCAGAUGAGGGUUUCAGGGUUUCUCGUGAGAGAAGUCCUUGUGGGAAUUUUGAAGAACAUAAAUUAUGUGAAUAAGACCAGGUGUGCAAAACUAGGGUAUAAGUUUUUCAUGUGGUCUGGUCAGCAAGAAACUUAUAGGCAUACUACAAACUCGUAUCAUUUGAUAAUGAAGAUAUUUGCAGAGUGUGAGGAACACAAGGCAAUGUGGAGACUAGUAGAUGAGAUGAUCGAGAAUGGGUACCCUACAACAGCAAGGACAUUUAACAUUUUGAUAUGCACGUGUGGAGAGGCAGGCUUGGCUAGGAAAGUUGUGGAGAGGUUCAUCAAGUCAAAGACAUUCAAUUAUAGGCCAUUUAAGCAUUCAUAUAAUGCCAUUCUGCAUACACUUCUUGUUGUGAACCAGUACAAGCUUAUUGAGUGGGUCUACCAGCAGAUGUUAGCCGAGGGUCUUGCCCCAGAUACUCUAACUUACAAUAUUCUUAUGUGUGCAGAAUAUCGAUUGGGUAAGUUGGAUCAAUUUCACAGGUUACUUGAUGAAAUGGGUAGAAGUGGAUUUUCCCCUGAUUUUCAUACAUAUAACAUUCUUCUCCAUGUUCUUGGCAAAGGGGAUAAGCCACUAGCAGCACUUAAUCUUUUGAAUCACAUGAGAGAAGUGGGAUUAAACCCAGGUGUUCUUCAUUUCACAACAUUGAUAGAUGGCCUAAGUCGUGCUGGAAACUUGGAUGCUUGCAAGUAUUUUUUUGAUGAAAUGAUAAAGAUUGGAUGCAUGCCAGAUGUGGUUUGCUACACUGUAAUCAUUACCGGAUUCAUUGUGGGUGGGGAGCUUGAGAAAGCUCAAGAAAUGUUUGAUGAGAUGAUUGCUGAUGGACAACUUCCGAAUGUAUUUACAUACAAUUCGAUGAUUCGUGGUUAUUGUAUGGCAGGAAAGUUUGAGGAGGCAUGCUCCAUACUUAAGGAAAUGGAAGCUAGAGGAUGUAACCCAAAUUUUGUUGUGUAUAGUACCCUAGUGAGUCAUUUGCGGAAUGCUGGAAGGCUUUCUGAAGCUCGUGAAGUAAUAAAAAACAUGGUGGAGAAGGGGCAAUAUGUUCAUCUACUCUCAAAGAUCAAAAGAUUUAGAAGAUGCUAAAGCAGUAGAUUGUACAAUAUAAAGAUUGUUAAUUGUAACUUAAUUGCCGGUAUACUCGAUGAUUCAGGUAUGUUGGCGCCACAUACCUGCUGCCUUUAAUAGAUGUCAAGGGAGUAGAAAGAAUAAAGUAUGCACAUUCUUCUUUCCCUUCUCAUAUUUUGGUAUUCAAUUGAUUGAAACUCAGUGGAAAGCCAAAUUAAUUUAUCUUUUCCCUUACUUUCUCCCCCACUGUUCAGUUGGCUUCAAUGUGCAAUUAAAUUUUCUUAAAAAUCUUUCUUGGAAUGAAUUGUUGAAUUUUAUUCUAAUGUAACUUCCAGGACUGGAAAUUGUGAGAAUCUAGGAUCUGGAUUGAGAGUUGAAAAUUCCAGUUUAUGUACUUUCACUAAAAUGUGAAAGCUAUCCUAGAUGCUGCCAACAUCCUCUAUAUAUUCUCCUAUCUUCAGUUGGCAUUUGUUUUCUUUGUAUUCUUGUUAUUUUAUUGUUUUUGACUUUUAUUUUUCUAGGUUGUACUAACUAAUAAUCUCACCUCCUCUUGGGCACCUAUUUAAGCCAGGGAUUUGGCAUAAUAAAAAUUAAUGUGUACAAAGUCUUUUUACCUUUAUGGGUGUGAUUGUGUAGGUAUUGACUUGGAGGACUGAAUAUCAGAUAAUAAUUGAUUGUUAGUUCUGAAAAGCAUGAAAGGGAAAAUAUAGGAGCUGAAGGUUUUUUGAGGAAGACUGAUGUACUCUCUUUCCCCUAAAACUACAGUCUCUCCUAACAGGAGAAAAGCAGCAUUCUGUUUUCCCAAGAGUCAAAAGAAAGUGGAUUGUUGGUUGGUGAUCAUGGUGCCAUUGGCAAUGAGCUGUGCACUGAUCCCAUUAAGAAAUUGUGUGAGACUGAGAAGGAAGAAAGGAUGAUUUUCAUAUAGAAUGUAGAGAAUGUUGUUUCCAUUGGCACUGGGAAGAGGGGAAUAAAAUGAUAAUUUUGCUCUUCCAUUUCCUUGUCCUGCAGGUAUUCAAUAUUCCACAUGUCACUGAAGAAUUUUAGUCUAUGCUGUUCCUAUCAUUCCAUUACAGAUUCUCAGUCAUUAUGGAUCAGCUCAAUAGCAGCCUGUCUGGUUUUCAUUCCAUUCAUAAAUUUUGCAGUGCCUCUAAGCUUACAAGGCUGCUGUCCUUGGCGACGUUCUUGCUGAAUUCCAGUUUUGCUGGUGUCAGAUUUAAUGCAGCAUACAAAGGUGAAUGAGUUAAAUGAGCUGACAGAAGAUAGAAUGAGAUCUCCAGCUAGUAUUGAGUGAUUGUUUCUUGUAGGUUAAGUGGAACGUGCCCAUUGAUCCCUGGUGGAAGAUAUUUGGCUUCAGUUUUGCUGUGAUAUUUCAUUCCCACCCUUCAUGAGGAGUGUGGAAGGUCUGUCUUGAAUAAGUUUUUAGUCUUCAAGCUCAGGUAUUGCAAUAAGGAAGGAGCUUUUUUUUGGCUAUGUUGAAGAGAAAUGAUGACCUUCAGGCUUCCACCAUAAUUACUGCUUUUUGACUCUCUUUCCCCUUCUUAGGACUACAUAUAAAUGCUUGAUGCCUUUCUGCAAUUAUCUUACAUUAUGAUAAGUAUUUGGGAAUCUUCUAGUUCACUGCUGUAUCCUCUAGUCUCAAACUUUGACUUAGAGAAGAUUGAAGAUACCUCCUUGUAGUUGACCCUUUUUGUUUUUUGAAAAACGUAAACUUUCAUUAAAACAGAGGGCAUGAAAGGACCCUUUCACAAAAACAUGCCCAUGAAAGGUCACAAAAAGCUCAGACCUUCCCAGAAGACCCUGUACCUAUGCCAUUACGAAUUCCAAUAAUCAAGAACAGCACAAAAUCAAGGUGCCUAACCCCGAUCAGACCCCCAAAAAAAAAACACAGAAACAAAAACUCAUGUCCGCAGUUCAGCUCAAGAACCUAUUUGCAAGGAGCCAAAAACACCUACCCUAUCAUUUACAGCUACCACUAACCCAAGAUCCAUUUCUUGAAACAGGCACCAUCACAACUCAUCCGAGAUCAUUCCAGAGCCAACCACGGGUGUCAUCACCACCAAACUACCUCUCCAACCAAAUCCCAGCAAUUCUUAACUCAAAAAUUCCAGCAGAACCCAGACUCACUGACUCCCACCACCGAACCAGCAUUCACCCAGAGAGCCGUUAUGACCCAACAGUAAAAAAGACAUAGAACCCGAGUGCUUACAGAAAAACACGCAAGGAAUCUGAUUGCCGAUCAACUCCUUCCUUUGCUAGUGCAUCUGCCCUCUGAUUUGCCUCCCUCUUGUCUUGUUGAAUUUUCCAAUCAUU